AUGAUGGACCCAGAGCUGCUCGACAAGCUCGACUUCAUCGCACGGGCGAUGCGUCGGCGCGGCGAUGUGCCGUUUGGCGGCAUUCAGGUGAUUCUGUGCGGCGACUUCAUGCAGCUCCCGCCGAUACCGCCGCGCCGCAACCAGUGGAAGCAGCAGCGGGAAGAAGAAGAAGGAGGAGGCAGACGCAACGGGUGUGAGGGCGACGGUGACGAAGAAGAAGUGGUGGUGGCGGCGGCGACACCGCGGCGCAGCACGUACUGCUUCGAGGGCGAGGCGUGGAAAGCGCUGGAGUUGACAACUGUCGUCUUGCGGCAGAAGUUCCGGCAGCACCACGACGCCUCCUUUCAGCGCGUGCUGGACGAUGUGCGCUUCGGCACGCUGUCGAUGCAGACGCACGAGCUGCUCAUGUCCCGCGCUGUGGCCCGGACGGGGGGCAGUGCCAAGUCGCGAAGGAGACAUGGGCUCGCGGACGAGACGGCAAAUGCUGUAACUGUGGCGGAGGGGGGUAACGAGAAGGAGCGGUAUGUGCGGCUGUGUGCCACCAACAAGGAGGUGGAGGCCCGCAAUGCGAAAUACUUUGCCGCGCUGGAGCCGUGUGGUCUCGGCGCGUCCGCCAUGAUGACGUCUGCACCCGCGCAGCUGCAGGAUACCAACGCAGCGGCUGCUGCUGCUGAUAGUGAUAAAGGCCGCUCUGCGCGCGUGUGCGCCGACGAUGACGAUGCAGCAGACCAGAGCGACACCACACGUCCGCUGAUGCAGUACCGCGCGUACGACACGUACGACGACGAGGACGGCGGCCCACCGUCGUGGGUGAAGUUCGAGGACAGCACGCUGCCCACGGAGCUCGUGCUGAAGGUUGGCACACGUGUGAUGUUGCUGCAGAACAUCUCUCUCCGUCUCGGGCUGGUGAACGGCUCGGUGGGCGAGGUCGUCGGUUUCCUGCACCCGCUCGAGCUCGUCGAGCUUGUCUUGCGUGCGCCGCGCGAGCGGCACUGUGCGUCGGCGCGCGGGCAGGAGUUACUGCAGCGUGGUGGCUUUUCUACGGUUCACGACGCCUUCCGCUGCGUCGACACGGCGAUUGGGCAGUCGCUCUUCUGGUCGCUGCGGCAACGGGGCAUGCGGCAGCCCGCCGAGGUGAGCUAUGGCGCGGUGUACGGCAACACGCACCACCAGACCUUGCAGCGGCUGGUGGGGCUUGCAGGCGCAGCAGCGGCACAGAGUGUGCACCCGCUGGAGAUGUACCUGGGGGGCGUCACACCGCAGCAGCUGCGCCGCACACGGCUGCCGGUGGUGAAGCUAGACUUGCAGCCGCAGCACCUCAGUCUCCGCAACACCAGCAGUAGCAGCACCGACAACCGUGGGGUGCAGCUUCCGCGGCAUGUGUACGCGUUCGUGUCGCCGAGCUCGCACCAGUGGUAUAUGGGCGAUCAGGUUGUUGCGACGCGCACACAGCUUCCGCUGCGGCAGGCGUGGGCGAUGACUGUGCACAAAGCGCAGGGCCUCACCAUCUCGCAUGUGGAGGUGUCGAUGCACCGCUUCUUCUCCCCUGGGCAGGCGUACGUUGCGCUCAGCCGCGGCACACGGCUGGAGAAUAUCCGACUGCUGAACUUCGGCGACAACAGCAUUCGCGCCUGCCCGAUUGCGAAAAGCUUCUACGCGGCGCUGGAGGAGGCGGGGGACGUGGAAGUGUAG